AUGACGUCAGCAUCAUUGGAAGUUGCGCAAUUCAACAUUAAUCGCCCAGACGAAUGGCAACAAUGGCUGCGACGAUUUGAAAACAUGUGCCUCGCCAUGUCGGUUGACAACGCAGAGAGAAAGAAAGCGUUAUUAUUACAUUUUGCGGGACCUGAAGUUUUUGACCUGUAUGAGAAUUUGCCCGCACCGCCGAAUGCAGAUGAAAAUGAUAAUGUUUAUGCCAACACCGUUAAGAAAUUGGAUAAUUAUUUCGUGCCAAAGAUAAACAUUGAUUUUGAAUGUGAUGUUUUCAGGAAUGCAAAACAGAAAUUUGGCGAAAAUAUUGAUACUUAUGUGGCACGUUUGCGUAAAUUAGCUGUUACCUGUGAUUUUACGGAUGCUGAUCGUGAAAUAAAACAGCAAGUUAUUUCUGGUGGAUGUGAUUCUAGAGUUAGGGAAAAAGCUCUACAGCAGCGUAUGUCUCUUCGAGAACUUCUGGAUUAUGCAAAAAGUCUAGAACAAGCAAAGCAACAAACAAAACAAAUUGAACAACGUCACACGAGACCAGAGAAAUUAUAUAAAAUUGAUGUGCAGCGUGAAAAGAAUUCCGAUAGCAAAUUCAAGCCUAGAGCACCACAGCUUUCUUCGGCUGGAGGGGUGUCGUCCGUGCAAAAUAACAAUGUGGGUGUGAAAUGCAAUCCAAUCUAUCUUGAUCUUGACAUCGAUGGCAAAAACAUUUCUUGGGAAGUAGAUACAGGGGCUACACUAUCUGUCAUGUCUUUAGUGCAAUAUAAAAAGUUGUGGCCAAAAGCAGAAUUGAACCACACCGAUGUUAAACUGUCUACAUACACGGGGGAGUCUAUUCCAGUAGAGGGAGAAAGGGAUGUUACUGUAACGUAUCAAAAUGGUAACCCAAUGGUAUUGCCAAUCACUGUGGUAAGAAAUAGUAACCGCUGUAAACCAUUGCUGGGGAGAAAUUGGUUGAAACAUAUCAAACUUGAUUGGAAUUCAAUUUUCAAAAUUAACUAUUCUGAUGUUAAAAUCAGUACACUGCUUGAUAAGUAUCCUGAAUUGUCUUCACCUGGAUUAGGUUGUGCAAAAACUGAAGCUAAAUUGGAGAUUGAGGACAGCGUUAAGCCUAAAUUUUAUAAACCACGACCCGUACCUCUUGCACUCAAAGAAUUGGUCGAAGCUGAACUUGAUAGACAAGUUGAAAUCGGUGUUUUGAAGCCAUGUAAAACAUCCGAUUGGGCUGCACCUAUGGUUACCGUAUUAAAAGAUGAUCAGAAGUCAGUUCGGCUCUGUGGAAGUUAUGACUUGACUGUAAAUAAAGCAAGUCGUCUUGAGCAGUAUCCAUUGCCAAAGGUGGAUGAAUUAUUGACUAAAUUUGCUAGUGGGGAAAAAUUCUCUGUUAUUGAUCUGAAAGAGGCAUAUCUGCAGAUACCAUUGGCAGAAGAGAGUCAAAAGUACACAGUAGUUAAUACACAUAAGGGAUUAUUCACGACAAAUCGUCUUGUUUAUGGAAUAUCAAGUGCCCCAGCUAUAUUCCAGAGAUAUCUUGAAACACUGCUGGGUGACAUGGCAGGUGUAGGUGUUUUCCAAGACGAUAUUGGAGUAACCGGUUCUUCUGAUAAAGAACACAUAGCCAGAUUGGAAGAAGUUUUCAAGCGUCUUACAAAUGAAGGUCUAAAAAUUAAUCCAAACAAAUGUAAAUUGAUGGUUUCAGAAAUUACUUAUCUUGGAUAUCGUAUAAAUAAACUUGGAGUUCAACCAACUGAAGAUAAUCUGAGAGCUGUUCUGGAUGCCCCAGAACCACAAAAUAUACAUCAGUUGCGCUCAUAUCUGGGGAUGCUUAAUUAUUAUGAUGCCAGUCCUUAUGGAAUCGGAGCAGUUUUAUCUGUAAUAACGCAGGAAGGAGAACGUCCUGUGGCUUUUGCAUCCAGAUCUUUGUCAAAACCAGAGCGUAAUUAUAGCCAAUUGGAUAGAGAGGGAUUAGCUCUAGUAUUCGCUGUUACAAAGUUCCAUUCAUUUUCAUAUGGAAGACCGUUUGUUUUGGAAACUGAUCACAAGCCACUUCUCGGUUUACUUGGGAAGAAUAAGCCACUUCCUGUUGCAGCUCCACCGAGAAUGAUCCGUUGGAAAGUAUUACUUGAUGGAUAUCAAUACGAAUUAGUGUAUGUUCCAGGUAAAAACCAAGCCAAUAGCGAUGCCCUAAGUCGUUUGCCUUUGCCUGUUAAACCGGAUUAUAUACCGCCUUGUGGCCUUGUAGUGAAUCUUCUUGAAGCAGUCGAUUCUACCCUUGUUAAAGUUGAUGCAGUUCAGUCUUGGACGAGAAGAGAUCCUGUACUGUCCGCAGUUAUGCAUCAUGCUCAAAUGGGCUGGCCAAAAUCUUCUGACGUAGACCCAGAAUUACAAAUUUAUAGAAGCAAAGAGACGGAACUAAGUGUCCAUGAAAAUUGUUUAUUUUGGGGUUGUCGAGUAAUUAUUCCGCCACAAGGAAGACAGAAAGUGUUGCAAUUACUUCACGAUGGUCAUCCUGGUAUUUGUUCUAUGAAAAGAAUUGCUCGUAAUCAUGUAUGGUGGCCUGGGGUUGAUGCUGAUAUUGAAGAGUUGGUGAAAUCUUGCAGUUUGUGUCAACAGUUACGUCCCAGUGCACCUCAAGUUCCUGCUAGCCCAUGGUCUUAUCCUAAUGGUCCAUGGCAAAGAAUACAUAUGGACUAUGCCGGUCCAGUUGAUGGGGAAAUGCUUCUUGUUAUUGUUGAUGCGUUUAGCAAAUGGCCAGAUGUGUGGAUUACAUCGUCAGUUUCUGCUCAUGAAACUAUUGAAAAGGUCAGACUUUCAUUUGCUACACAUGGAUUACCACUAGUUGUAGUCACUGACAACGCUGGUUGUUUUGCAGGAGACGAAUUUGCAACAUUUCUAAAGGCAAAUGGAGUGAAGCACUUGUUUUCACCACCGAGACAUCCGGCUUCUAAUGGCCAAGCUGAAUCAAUGGUAAAACAAGUUAAACUUGGAUUGAAGAAACAAGCACCAGCAUCUUUGUCAGUCAGACUUGUUCGGUGGUUAUUUAAAUACCGAACUACACCACAUACAACGACUGGUCAGACUCCGUCGGAAUUACUUUUUCGUCGUAAGAUUAGAACGCAUCUUGAUCUAAUCGCACCUUCAUCACGUUUGAAGAAGUCAGCAGAGAAUGUUCCAAGUGGAAUAAUAAGAACUUUUCACAUUGAUGACCCAGUUGUUAUUACAGAAGUCGUUGGAUCUCGUUUCAAAUGGUUACCUGCCACAGUAACUGAAGUUAUGGGUCAAAUGUGUCGUGUUCGUUUGAACGAUGGAAGAAUUUUUAGACGUCAUUUUGAUCAUAUUCGACAUCGAUUUUCUGCUGAUGAUGUAAUGGUACGUGAAGGGAAUCAAGAUUUUAGAAUGAGUGAGAGAAUACCAGCUGCAAUUCCAACAGGAAUACCUGAUGUUGAUGUGGGAGAUAGAAAUUCAACUCCUACCUCUACUGCUACUGAAGAGACUGAUGAAUCUCAAAAUGACAGAGACAAUGUAGACCCAGUUCCUAAUUUUCCAGAAUCGUCCAGUAAUUCAAACAUACCUUAUAAAACAAGAUCUGGCAGAAUAUCAAAACCGCCAGAAAAACUAUCUCUAUAA